CCAGGUGAAUCUGAAACGGGCUCUCUCCUCAUCACCGCAUGCUCCAAGAGUGCCCUGCCUCCAGAGGAAACUCCAACCACCUCUGGACGAUGCGUGUCGCAGUGAGCGUGCAGGUCGAGGAGGUGUCCUCACACAAGAUGCCGUCCACUGCAGUAUUGCAGGACACUGGUGAUUCCUGGCCAGGGGAGCCAAUGGCCCAUCGUGUGGACAGGCCUGUGGAGGAGUCAGGAGAGAGGAAAGCCCCAGGGCCUUGGGACAAGCCACCUCCUGUCCCCAGAGAGGAGCCCCUGCCCCCCCAGGACUCAGGUGCUGGGACCCUGAGCAGCGCUGAGCAGAAACCUGCUGGAGCAGAGCCUGUGAAGCUGGAGCUGCAGAGGACUUGCCCAGGGGGACUGGAGGAGAGGGGCUUCCUGACACCUGAGCCUGGCCCAGUGCAGGAGGGGCAGGGCAGGCCUCCAAAGCACGGGCAGAGCCUGGAGCUCCGGGAGGUGUUUGAGGCCGUGGCAGUGUAUUUCACGCGGGAGGAGUGGGAGCUGCUGGAAGAUGAAGACAAGGUGCUUUACCAGGAGCAGAUGCUGAAGACUUACCAAGCCCUCGUUUCCCUGGGAUAUCGAGGUCCUACACCUGCCUUAAUCAGCAGCAUGCAGCAAGGACAGGUGGAGCUCUGGGUCUGUGACGAUGAGGCCUGUGGAAAAAUCUCAAUGUCAGAGGAGCUGCUGCUGGGAGGUGCCUGGCUGCUGAGCAGAGCCGAGGAGCAGACUCCUGCGGAGGGGCCUGCAGACCUGGAGCCAUCAUGGACUUCUCCGGGGAGUGUACAUGACAUGAACCCCCUGAGACCCAAGAAAGAGCACUGGCACAAGAGCACAGAGAGGCCCCAAAAGCAGACAGUGAAUGUAGCAGUGAACCAGGUACCGUCUCCAGUUGGGUGUGGGAGUGAAGACGGGGCAGAUCCCAGAAAUGGCCCUGGAUGCAGGGAAGAAUUUAUGGAGCUGAGAGAUGUAAAGAGCCACUGGAAAGAGGCACUGCAUCCAAACCAAGGCAGUGGGGAGGGCCUCAGAGGAAAGCAGGAGCUCACUGCUAUUCACUGGGGCAGAGCCCAACCCUGCGCUGAAGUCAGGAAAACCCUUGACUGCCCAUCACUCCUGGCUCUUCACAAGGUAAGGCAAAGUGGGGGGAAGCUCCACAUAUGCUUCAAGUGUGGGAAGAGCUUCACCCGAUUCUCCAACCUGACCCGACACCAACUCAUCCACACCGGGAAGAAGCCACAUCAGUGCUCAGAGUGUGGGAAGAGCUUCCACCUGUCCUUCUACCUGACCAAACACCGCCUCAUCCAUACAGAGGAGAAGCCACACCAGUGCUCAGAGUGUGGGAAGAGCUUCAGACAGCUCUCCGACCUGGCCCAGCACCGGUAUAUUCACACACAAGAGAAGCCACAUCGGUGCUCACAGUGUGGGAAGAGCUUCACACGAUUCUCCAACCUGACCCAACACCAGCUCAUCCACAGAGGGGAGAAGCCACAUCAGUGCUUAGAGUGUGGGAAGAGGUUCAAUCUGUCCUCCACCCUGACCCAACACCAGCGCACCCACACUGGGGAGAAGCCACAUCAGUGCUCAGAGUGUGGGAAGAGCUUCACGCGAUCCUCCGACCUGACCAAACACCAGCGCACCCACACAGGGGAGAAGCCACAUCAGUGCUCAGAGUGUGGGAAGAGGUUCAAGCUGUCCUCCUACCUGACCAAACACCAGCGCACCCACACAGGGGAGAAGCCACAUCAAUGCUUAGAGUGUGGGAAGAGGUUCAACCUGUCCUCCACCCUGACCCAACACCAGUGCACCCACACCGGGGAGAAGCCACAUCAGUGCUCAGAGUGUGGGAAGAGCUUCACCCGAUCCUCCGACCUGACCAAACACCGCCUCAUCCACACAGGGGAGAAGCCACAUCAGUGCUCCGAGUGUGGGAAGAGCUUCAGACAGUUCUUUGACCUGGCCCGGCACCGGCUUAUCCACACAGGGGAGAAGCCACAUCGGUGCUCAGAGUGUGGGAAGAGGUUCAGACAGUUCUCCGACCUGGCCCGGCACCAGCUUAUUCACACAGGGGAGAAGCCACAUCGGUGCUCAGAGUGUGGGAAGAGGUUCAACCUGUCCUCCACCCUGAUCAAACACAAGCGCACCCACACAGGGGAGAAGCCACAUCAGUGCUUGGAGUGUGGGAAGAAAUUUACCCGAUCCUCCUAUCUGACCAAACACCAGCUCAUCCACACAGGGGCGAGACCACAUUGCUCAUAGUGUGGACAGAGCUUAACCAGUUUUUCCCCCUCGUCUCUAGUGGGCAAACUGAGUUAUGCUCAGGCUCUUAGUGUAACCUUAGGCCUUCCUGGAUCUAAGCAAUUAAAUUGUAUGGAAUGCCUCACUGGGAAAACUGAGUGCUGUGAUUGGUACAGUGGGCUAACCAAGUACAGUAGUUUCCCUAGGAGGAAAGAAAACCAAGACCAGAACAGAAUUGGAGUACCUAUCUAACAAGGUGAGGUAAGAAACUCGAGGAUUGGGCAGUUUGAGAUGAGAAAGUUACAAAAGUAGUGGACAAACAAAGAGACUCUGUGUGUGUGUGUGUGUGUGUGUGUGUGUGUGUGUGUGUGUGUGUUUCCACCAUGGGGAGGCUGGAGCAUCCUUGGACUUCUGGCUUUGAGUAACAAGGAAUCCAUCAAGUAACAUCCCACACACCCAGCAGAGGAUCUGAGGCCGGUACCACUGAAGGUCAGUGAUGUAAUGUCUAAGGAACCGCUUGCCCAGUCGUAUUGCAAGGAUAAUUAUCUUGUAAUAAGCCUAGGGGUUACUAAUAAAAUUCAGUUGAUACCAA